AUGGCAACAUUCUCUCCUUCCCCGGCGCCUCGUCGCUCGACCCGAAUACGGGCUAGAUCACCUACCCGAAGGAACCCGACUAUUGGUAGGCUGGAAAGCCCCUCCGUGGAAAAUUCAAACCUCACCGAAAACGAGUUGUUUCGUUCUGCAAUGGAUGUUGAUGAAGUCCUACCAGAUUCAGGACUACCAUCCACUGGAGAAACUAUAUACGCGAAAACUGAAGAGCUCUCCGCGUCAUUUUAUGCCAAUCUACCUGUGGAGAUGAAACAAGUUUUGAGGAAUGCAGAUUUUUGCAAAACACCGUACACUGGCGAAAUUGACACCACGACGGGAUUUACUUUGGUGGCAUCCGCCCAGACAUGCUUUGUCUGGCAACACGCUCAGGCCAUCAAAGGGACUCCUACAUGCUACAUAUUCGCUUGCCCUCAGGGCAUGCACCAGAACUUACCUCUAGAUCGUUGCAAUUCACCUUUCCAUGCCCUUGUUCCCCACGGAUCGUCUCGGGAACCAGGUCUGAUCCUCGUCUCUUCUACAGGUCGAAUUCGUUUCUGGAAUAGUAUUAGUAUCGGCUUGGCUGGAGGCGAUCGUUAUGACAGCUCCUCGCUUGAUUUUGUGGACGAGGAUGACCAUGUAACGGCUCUUGUCCGAUCCGAUCCUCAAACUUUUAUUGUGGCGACGAGUCUAGGCAAUCUCUAUCGCUUGAUGAUUACAUCAACUGGCGGCAAAUGCCAUUUGACUUCAAAGGUUUUCACCCAACCCGGCUCUCGGUCGUUUUCAAGUCUUCUUCCAUCUUUUCUCACUGUCACCCCUUCUAUGAUGGAUCUCAAGUCAUAUAUUCGCUCAAUUUCACUUGGCCUUCAGUCAUCAACGGGGGAGAGGGAUCUAUGGGUACUCACUGAAGAGAGGGUUCAAAAAUGGGUCAUAAAGACUGAUGGCUGGGAAGAGAAAAAAUUGGAUUUGGGAAUAGCAGAUUCUCUUCAAUCUGCGGUUCAAGAGUCCUUAGGUAUCCGGCAAGAGCCUGGAGAGUGGUUGCAAUGGAGUAUCGAGCUUUUGGACUUGGCCGUGGAAGAUGCUGGAAUGGUUGCUGUUCUUCUAUCGUACUGUGGAAAGGAGGGUGGCGUAAGCGUUCGGCGCUUGUAUGCUCUCGCUCACCUGGCUUUUGAGGGCAAAUCGUUCGAAAUUGCGGCAAUAAAAACUGUGCCAUACCAAAGCACGUCGACAUCUUCGGUGCCGGCACACCCUCGAAUACAGGUACUUUUCGCAGGUUCUUUGAUUGGCGUACAAUUUGGCGACGCGGUUGCUCUAUGCGCUCGAGAAUCCGAAUAUCAAGAUAGGUUGGAGUUGAAAUCAACCAUUGACAGGACGCUGGGCGUAGGCGUAAGCCGGACAGAUAAUACAUUAUUGGUUUUGACUGCCACCACAUUGAUGAAAGUCCACUUGAACAUGGAAAAGAUUCUUGCUUUCAACCCCGAAACUGGCCGAACCAAUCUGAUCAAGUCGAUCAUGAUGCAGGCAAUACUGUAUGGCCCGUCUCCUGAGAAUCCUUUACAUUUCAGUUUUCCCCCCGAAGUAGACGAAGAGAGUUUGAUGCGAGGUGCCGAACAACUUAGCAAGGCCGUACUUCGUUCAGAUCCGGAAGUCGUGAGGAACAAUCAUGACUUGAGUGCUCAACUAACGAGCCGGAAAGACCGUUUAAGUUGGCUUAUUGGGUUUAUCAAUGAUAAUUCAGUUCUCGUCAAAAUGUCGCAACGGAGUCGCCAAAAGUUGGCGAUGGACGCUGAAAAGUUGUAUGCAUCUCAUCAGUUAUGGCUGCAAUAUAAUGAACUUCUCGCAGCUCUGCCUAAGCACAGCGUUUUGAACGACUGCGUUCAUGCAUAUAUGGCGGAUGUGGCAGAUGGUCCACACGAAGACGUUAUGAGGGCCUUUUUCCGUCUUCGCGUGAGCGAUGUGGGAAGUCUCCUCAAGAAAAUAUUAGAUAUUGUCACUCUAUCGUCGAAGCAGGCGGGACGUGAUGUAUCACAGCUGUUGGCAGAAGCUAAUAGUAUCCUUGUGACGGUGUUGAGAUCAGCGUUCGAUUAUCGCGCAUAUAACCUCAAGGUGUAUGGCAUUGAUCUUCCCAUGAUUUUCCCAUGGACUAGUCGACCUGCAGUCGUUGACACUGUGCUGGCAUUGUUCGACGCCACCACCAAGGCUGUGGAAUCUAGAUACUUUGAUUCGUCAAGCCAAGGCAAGCUACAACAAUCACAGCUUCCCGAGCUUGCGGCUCUUCUUUUUGAGUGUAUCAAAGAAAGAUUGGACUGGUUGUCAAGCCCCAUUGCUGCGGCUGAGCCCGGUGUCGGGCGCGAUAAGGACGAGCUGGAACAUAGAUUUGCGCUUUUGCGGCCAGAAGUCCUUGAAACAUUACGUCGAUUCGGACAUCAGGAUACCGCAUUCCAGCUUGCAGAAAAAUAUCACGAUUUUACCUCUCUCGUUGCACUGUGUCACAAAGAUGUUGCAUACCCACCGACAGAAAAUCCGAAUCUCGACCGGAUCCAGUCAUACGUUGAUCGAUUCAAAUAUGAUUUUGCGAGUCAGCUUUAUCGGUGGUAUAUCCAACAUGGCGAGCUCCGUGUCAUGUUUAAUCAAUCCUCUGCCCUGCAGACCGGAUAUCUGGAGCGAUUUUUCUCUGAAGAACCCAACCCGGCAAUCUCAUGGAUCUACAACAUUGGGAAAGAGCACUACGGGCGGGCAGCGGCGGACCUUCUCGAGGAAGCUUCCAAGGCCAGCAACCUCGAAGUGAAACAUUUGAUGCUCAGUGUUGGGAAGCUAUCACACCUAGCGCAACUCCAUGAAACAAGUGUCUCUGCUGACCAGUCUGUUCUCGACGCCUUUCAUGAUGACCUCGAUUUCAUCGGCGUGCAUGAAACCUUGUUGCAGGACUUCCGAACAGCGAUUGAAGGGCUUCGCGGCCGGCACUCUCUGGAGAAUCAAAUCGAACACAUUACCAAAGCGAAGGCUUCCCCUCUCAUAGACCAAAAUGCCUUGGCAAAUGUUUUCAAAGACCUGCUGAGGCAGCUUUUACAAGGCAGGGCCCUGUCGGUUGAGGAUAUCGUCGACCUCUUGACUCUCAAAGAUAACACAACAAGUGUCGAAGACUAUGCUACGGCUCUGCAUCUUUUGGCUCGCGUCGAUAAUUUACCUGAAGCUCGAAAAUUGUCUGCUUUCCGCACUAUUUGGAGGCGAAUCUUCUUGCAUGACGACUGGGAUAACAUUCGAAGAACUGCCAACAUAUCUGAUGCUGAAUUGAAGGAACGCUUCCAGAAUACCGCUUUAUACGCAACGCUUCAUUUGAUCCUUCCGAGUAGAAACCAACCGAACGGUUUCGUGACUGAACCAAAUUUCGCAUUGGUAAUUCCAUCAACUGCGGAGGUCGCCUCUCGGUGGCCUGGUAUUUCAGAGGAGCAAGUGGACGCAAUCGUCCGGGACUACACUACGGAGUGUGAUAGGCUUGGGGAUUUGGACCUGGAAGAUGUAUACCAUCGGGUGUAUGAGCUAGCCGUACAUGAUAAGGUAUGGCAAGGGUCGACAGCCGAGUGA